GUGAACAUGCAGUAUGAGACUGCCUCAGCAGAUCCUGUGAGGGUUCUGCACUAGAUUUUAAGUUCUGUAUGUAUUGUGAUGGUAUUCAUUUCCACAAGAAGCAGAAUAGACCCUACAGCGGUUUACUGCAAAGAAAAAAAUGCAUUUUAUUUUGCUCUUUCUGGCUUUUUGUGGAGCCUUUGACUUUACGUCUCCUAACAAAUGUGAAAAUGCAUACGACUGCCCCAAAGAUUACCAAGAAGUCUUCAUGAAGGAAACUAUUACUGAGAUCCCAAAAUCCAUCAGUCAAAAAACAACUGAAGUAUUCUUUGUGCAGACUGGAAUUUCGACAAUCCGGCAAGAUGCAUUCAAGUACAAGACUCAUGUGGAAAAGGUAUUCUUCAUAAAUAAUAAAAUUAGCUCAAUAGAAGCUGGUGCCUUUGAUAAUCUACAAAACCUUACGGAACUCGAAAUAUCUGGAAAUUCAGAUUUGCAUGAGCUUAAGGCUGGAGUCUUCAGCAAUCUCAGCAGCCUGGUAAAGCUGGUUCUUAGGAACAACAACAUUACUUCUUUGGAUCAAGGAAUUUUUGACGACCUACACAAUUUAGAAGAUCUCUACCUAAAUCUCAACAACUUACCUUCUUUUCCUCCUGGCAUAUUUGAUGCAAUUGGAAAACUCAAAAUACUGCAUCUAGCAAAAAAUAAAUUGACUUUGUUACCGGAGGACAUAUUUAGUAAAUUGCCUAAUUUAAAAAUUCUCCGUCUCUAUGAAAAUGAGUUUACAGAGCUUCCUCAAGGAUUGGUAGACAGUAACCACCUUCUUAGUGAAUUCAGUAUUAAUAAUAACAAAAUAAAAAUAUGGCCCAAAGGUUUUUUGGCUAAGUCAAAGAAUCUUGAAAAAUUGUUCUUGGAAAGUAAUUUGUUUGAAGAACUUCCAGAUCAAAUGCUAUUCGGGCUUAAUAAAAUAAAAUAUCUUAGAAUGAAUAAGAAUAAAUUAAAGAGGCUCCCGGAUUCAAUAUCUGAUGGUAAUGUUGUUACAGAACUUGAUCUGUCCGAAAAUGAAAUAACUGAUAUUCCAGCUACCGCAUUUAAUAAUUUUAUAAAGUUGAAAAAGUUGGUGAUUUCUUCAAACAGACUUACUGAGCUAACCAAGGAAAUGUUUUCUGGUUUGGGAAAGUUAACAGAGAUUAAUAUGGAAAAAAAUAAUCUUAGUAGCUUACCAAAUGAGGUGUUCUCAUCCCUCCCAGAGUUAAAGACACUUAGACUUAAUAACAACAAGUUCACCAGCAUCAGUGUUAGUCCAAUUGAGUCUGUGCCCAAACUUACUAGUUUAUUUUUAAAGAAUAAUCCCUGGGCUUGUGACUGUAACUUACAUGAUCUCUACAACUGGAUAAAUGGCAACAAAGCAAAAGUAAGGGACAUUGAUAAGAUAUUGUGUGAAUUGCCAGAUAAUCUCAAAGGACAAGUGGUAAACUCUCUAAAAGUUGAUGAAUUAGUUUGCUCAACAACUCCAAGGACAACAUUACAAACCACCACCAAAGCAGCCAUUAUCACAACUCUUCCAACUACCAUCCACACAACUCAGCAGAUCACUACUGUAAAGCCUAAAACAACUCUAAUGACUACAACACUUAAAACAACAGUCCCUCAUACCACUCCUCUGCCAACUACAGCUCAUAUGCCAACCACUCAAUUUAUGCCAACCACACAAUUUACAACAAGGCUUACAACUCCCGACAUGACAACUUUAAGAGUUUCAACGCCUCAAGAAACAACUCUCAUGCAAACAACAGCUGUUGAAGUCACAACACCACGUAUGACAACUAUUAUGGCAACCACAGAAAAUACAACCCCACAACUUACUACAACUGUAAAAAUUACAACACCCAAAGAAACAACUUUAAUGCAAACUACAACUAUAGAAGUUACAACUCACGCAAGAACAACCAUAGAAACCACUAAACUCACAACCACCCAAUCUACUACAGUAAAACUAACAACUCUGCCAGAAACAACAACUUUGCAUCCCACUAGUCCUGAGUCUACAACUGUUCAAAAGAGAACAACAAUCAUCGAAACAACAAGCAGCCCUCAAGCCACAUCAACUGCAUAUUCUACACCUGAAACAACAUAUGAAGCAUCUACAACAGCUCCCAAGACACUGACUCUUAGCACUCUUAUGCCAACUUCAACACCAAAGGAAGCUACAUCUGCAAUUUCAGUCCCUUCACUGAAGCUAACAACUUUAUUCACUACACAGAAAAUGACAACAGGUGUCUCUUCUACUGAAAUCAAAUCUACAUGUAGUCCAACCAGAGAGACCUCUACAACAUUACCCACAGCAACAGACUUUUUGAUGCAAACUGUUUCUACAGAAAGCAACGUAACUUCCUUGAGCACUGUUGCAACAACAGAGAUUAUUAAUAAAGAUGGCAACUCUUUACUACCUUCAUCAGCCACAUUACAGUUAAAAGACAGUGGGUUUCUAUUUGGAUCUAGAGUUCAUCACUGUCAGUUUUUAUUUGUCUCCUACUUGACUUUACUAUGUAUUGAAAUCUGUACUACAUUUUUUUUAAUAACAUUCAGUUACAGAUUACACAAAUCUAUACGUAGUGUAAAGAUACCAGCACGUCCUGUAAUACUGGUUUGUAUGUAUACAUCCUACAGGCACAUGGUGCUCAAAAAUCUGUCAAAAUGUUUUAGCACGGCCAGCAUGUUGUUCUGCGUGACUGAUAGCGUUGAGUUUGAAAUCCGCUUCUCACUGGCCACUCUAAUGGCAGCGGAGGUAACGAAAAUGCUCCUGCCUGAUUUGAAACUGCAAAUUGAUGCCUCUAUUGCCUCUGCCCUUACCCAUGUCCAGGGAGAGGUGUCCCUACAUACCUCCCAGAUAGCUGACCUGGAGGAGCGGAUGAAUGUAAUGGAGGAGGAGAUGAUGUCUGCUAAACAAAAACUGCAGCAGUCUGCUCAACUCACUAAAGCUCUACAGGAAAAGACAGAUGAUUUAGAAAAUCGCUCCCGCAGGAGCAACCUGAGACUGGUGGGUUUACCUGAAUCAAUACCGUCUCAUCAACUAUGCGCCAUUUGUGCGGAGGAACUGCCACAAGCACUGGGCAUUAAAGUUAAGGCUGCAGUGGAGAGAGCUCAUAGACUGGGCCCUGUAAGACAACCUGCGGCCUCUUCUGUUGCUAAUGCUGAUAACAGACCAAGACAAGUGAUCACGAAAUUCUUAAACUAUGCGGACAAGGCUUUGAUUCUCUCUACCUACAAAAAGCUGACAUCUCCUCUGAUGGUACGUGGUCACAAGGUGUUGCUGUUUAAUGAUUUCUCAGCGGAGGUGGCAAAGAGGCGCAAGGCAUUUUCUCCAAUUUGCUCGCAACUGGUGGCUCAACAGAGAAAGUUCACUCUACAAUACCCUGCAGUGCUCCGAGUUUUCAAGUUAGAUGGCACUACUGAAUCUUUUACUACACCUGAAGAUGCAAUGGCGGCGUUGAAUUUGAGAGCCGCAGUUGCAGGGACUGCUUUGUCGGAGAAGAAUAAGAGACGACGCCAUGCAAGCCCUCCUACUCCGCCAGUUGCGAUGGAAAAAAAUGCAUUUUAUUUUGCUCUUUCUGGCUUUUUGUCUCCUAACAAAUGUGAAAAUCCAUACGACUGCCCCAAAGAUUACCAAGGACUCUUCAUGAAGGAAACUAUUACUGAGAUCCCUAAAUCCAUCAAAAAACAACUGAAGUAUUCUUUGUGCAGACUGGAAUUUCGACAAACCGGCAAGAUGCAUUCAAAUUUACAUGAGCUUAAAGCUGGAGUCUUCAGCAAUCUCAGCAGCCUGGUAAAGCUGGUUCUUAGGAACAACAACAUUACUUCUUUGGAUCAAGGAAUUUUUGACAACCUACACAUUUUAGAAGAUCUCUACCUAAAUCUCAACAACUUACCUUCUUUUCCUCCUGGCAUAUUUGAUGCACUUGGAAAACUCAAAAUACUGCAUCUAGCAAAAAAUUUAUUGACUUUGUUACCGGAGGACAUAUUUAAGCUUCCUCAAGGAUUGGUAGACAGUAACCACCUUCUUAGUGAAUUCAGUAUUAAUAAUAACAAAAUAAAAGUAUGGCCCAAAGGUUUUUUGGCUAAGUCAAAGAAUCUUGAAAAAUUGUUCUUGGAAAGUAAUUUGUUUGAAGAACUUCCAGAUCAAAUGCUAUUUGGGCUUAAUAAAAUAAAAUAUCUUAGAAUGAAUAAGAAUAAAUUAAAGAGGCUCCCGGAUUCAAUAUCUGAUGGUAAUAUUGUUACAGAACUUGAUCUGUCUGAAAAUGAAAUAACUGAUAUUCCAGCUACUGCAUUUAAUAAUUUUAUAAAGUUGAAAAAGUUGGUGAUUUCUUCAAACAGACUUACUGAGCUAACCAAGGAAAUGUUUUCUGGUUUGGGAAAGUUAACAGAGAUAAAUAUGGAAAAAAAUUAUCUUAGUAGCUUUCCAAAUGAGGUGUUCUCAUCCCUCCCAGAGUUAAAGACACUUAGACUUAAUAACAACAAGUUCACCAGCAUCAAUGUUAGUCCAAUUGAGUCUGUGCCCAAACUUACUAGUUUAUUUUUAAAGAAUAAUCCCUGGGCUUGUGACUGUAACUUACAUGAUCUCUACAACUGGAUAAAUGGCAACAAAGCAAAAGUAAGGGACAUUGAUAAGAUAUUGUGUGAAUUGCCAGAUAAUCUCAAAAUACAAAUUGUAAACUCUCUAAAGGUUUAUGAAUUAGUUUGCUCAACAACUCCAAGGACAACAUUACAAACCACCACCAAAGCAGCCAUUAUCACAACUCUUCCAACUACCAUCCACACAACAACUCUGCAGAUCACUACUGUAAAGUCUAAAACAACUCUAAUGACUACAACACUUAAAACAACAGUCCCUCACACCACUCCUCUGCCAACUACAGCUCAUAUGCCAACCACUCAAUUUACAACAUGGCAACUUUAAGGCUAUGUUCACAAGAUGGAAUUUCUGUUUUGAAUUUCGCAAAAGAAUUGAUGUCAAUAGGAUUCUGCUAAACUGUGCACACGGUGGAAUUUCUGUGGCAGAUGCUUCUUCCAUUGAGAUCCUGAUUCCGGAGUCCGCAGAAAGAUUAGACAUGUCUAUUCUUUCUGCAAUGUCCGCAUAAAAAUGCAAUGCUGUCUAUGAGACGGCACAUUUCAAAGCAGUCCAAGUGCCAGCAUGUGCUGCAGGCGCUCCGAUGUCAGUAGAAUAUCCGCACAGAAGAUUUUCAUGUUGUUCAUUUGCAUGAAUAUAAACUCAGGUGAAUAUAAACUCCAGUCUAUAACAUAAUGAAUAACGAACAGCAGCAAAUAAAGUGGACAAAGCACAAGCUGGUACAUGUUGCAGUGAGUCUGUAGACUUAAUUCACAAAUUAUAGGAGUGAAAUGCAGCAUGUAUUCUAUUGAAGGAGACAACAAGGCAUCAAGCUUAUUGUCAAAUUAUUAACUGCUUGUAAGUGACAUUACAGUAUUAUACUAACAGCAAUCUAAAUGAAUUAUAUAUAAACUGGGUUCUUUAGAAACAUAGAAUGUGUCAGCAGAUAAGAACCAUUUGGCCCAUCUAGUCUGCCCAAUAAUCUGAAUCCUAUCAAUAGUUCCUGGUCGUAUCUUAUAUGAAGGAUAGCCUUAUGCUUAUCCAAUGCAUGCUUUUUUUUUUGAAUAAUUGUUUAUUUAAUUAAACAAGUUUUUCCAAAAUUAUACAACAGAGAAAAAUAAAACAAAUGGCAUAAAAGUUUAUGCCGACAAAACAGGCAAAAAUAAAUCAUACAAGAGAACAGAAGAAAGGAGGAGGGGAAAUAUUUGGUGACAAUCUUCAUGCAGUCCCAUCUUCACAAGUCCAUCCGAGGUAGGGUGACAAUGAUGGAUGUUUAGGACAGGCAUGGAGGUCAGCCAGGAUAAAGGAAACUUUCUCCAAGUUACAUUAAUAAGUUUGUAAACACGAAAGGGAA